ACUCUCCACUUCACCCACAACACAAUACCAUUCCCAUUCUUUCUUCUUAGCCAUGAAGAACUCACUUUUGCUCUCUCUUCUCCUCCUCUUCGCAGCCGGCUGCCUCGCUGACAUUAGCCAGCAGUACGGCCAGCAGCGGUACCACAAGUGCCGCUUGGACCGGCUCGAACCCAUCGAGCCCUCCCACCGUGUUCAGGCUGAAGGCGGCGUGAUCGAGAGCUGGGACCCCAACCACGAGCAGCUGCAGUGCGCUGGCGUGGCUGUCCAGAGAUACAUCAUUGAGCCCAAUGGCCUCCUCUUGCCUCAAUACACCAAUGUCCCUCGCCUUAUCUAUAUUGAAAGAGGUAGAGGUAUCAAGGGCGUUGUGAUUCCGGGCUGCCCUGAAACUUAUCAAGAGUCUCAGCAAUCGGAGUUCCCAGACCAACACCAGAAGAUUCGCCACGUACGCGCCCGCGAACUCUUCGCGGUGCCUGCCGGAGCCACUCAUUGGACCUUCAACGAUGGCAAUGAGAGACUUGUUGCCACUGUUCUUCUUGAUGUCAGUAACAACGCCAACCAACUUGACUCACAUCCAAGGGAAUUCUACCUGGCUGGGAAUCCAGAGGAGGAAUUCCAGAGGCCGAGAUCGAACCCGGAGGAACGAGGACGCGGUGAACACGGCAACAAGCACAACAUCUUCCACGCCUUCGACGACAGGACUCUAGCACAAAUUCUGGACAUAAAGGUGGAGACAGCAAGGAAGCUGCGCGGGGAAGACGACCAGAGGCGGAACAUUAUUAAGGUGGAAGGACCGCUGCGUGUGAUCAGGCCGCCAAGGUCACGUGGAGGAGAGCAGCAAGAUCAAGAAGGAGAAGAAGAGCGGGAGGCUGAGCGUGAGUACCAACGCCCCGGCCGAUACUCAGACAAUGGCUUGGACGAAACCAUCUGUUCUUUGAGGCUGGCCGAGAACAUCGGCGAUGCUUCACGCGCCGACAUCUACACCGCCGGAGCUGGCCGUCUCAGCACCACAAACAGCCUCCGCUUCCCGGUCCUCCGCUGGCUCCAGCUCAGCGCCGAGUAUGGUGUUCUCUACAGAAACGCAAUGUACAUGCCACACUGGAACCAGAACGCGCACAGCAUAAUCUUCGUGACGGGAGGGAGAGGCUUCAUACAGGUAGUAGACGACAGAGGCCAAACCAUAUUCGACGGCGAGGUGCGGCCACGGCAGAUUCUGGUGGUGCCACAGAACUUCGUGGUGGUGAAGAAGGCCGCAGAGGAAGGGCUGGAGUGGGUGGCAUUCAAGACCAACGACCAAGCCAGCGUCACCCCGCUCGCCGGGCGCAACUCGGCGCUGAGAGCACUCCCUGUUCAGGUGAUAGCCAGCGCCUACAGAAUCUCCACAGAGGAGGCCCAGAGGCUGAAAUACAACAACAGGGAUGACGGAUAUUUGGUGCCACCACGUGAGUUCAGGUCGGCGGGACAAAGAGGAGUCAUGUAAAGAACUCAACUACGGGAAGGCCGGUUUUGGCUUUUGGGUUCAUUUCAAUUUAAGGUUUUAAAAGCUUCCCAAUAAUGAUAAUGAUAAUAAGAAUAAGAAUAAUAAUAAAAGACGAGGCCUUUCCUUUCUUUUCGAA